GAAGUUUAGACGGUUGCUCUGGGUGAACGGAGCGACCACUGUCAGUGUCGCACUAAACCGAAAACCGCCCUCAACUCUCCCCCUUCCCUCACCCAUGGCGUCUAAUUCAAAUAUCGAUAUCGAGGAUGCGACCCAGCGCCUUCGCGACAUCCUGAAGCUGGACCGAGCCGGUAACGGCACCGACUCACAGCCUAGCGAUGGUCAAAGGAAACUCUCGCUCAACGGAGAGCUGAACGGAUUGCUGGGAACUGCAGGACUCCUUGGCACCAGCGAUCUCUCCACCAUGGGAGAUUCGGCCAGACCCAUUUCUACUGACAACAACAGUGUGCAGGAGCUUCAGAGAGUCUGCCUCACAGGUGACGAUCGCGCCACCUGCGUCCCCAUCACCUCCAACAAUGUGGAGAUUGUGGCCAGUCAAGACUCCAACAUCAACAGCAAGGCCAGAGGAAGCAACAAGGUGAAGAUUCAGCCGGUAGCCAAGUACGACUGGGAGCACAAGUAUCACUACGGCAGAUUGAUCGCCGUCUCCAAUGCUUUCCUGGCCUACGCCAUCAGAGGAGCCAACAACCACGCCAUGAUCCGGCUGCUGAGUGUGGGCUGUGCCGAGCGCUCUCUUCUCAAGGGCUUCACUGGUGCCGUCACAGACCUGGCAUUUGCACACCUGGACUCCUCGCUGCUGGGUUGCGUCGAUGAAGCCGGCAACCUCAUGGUUUGGCAGCUCACCUACACCGGCAACAAGAUACUAGAUCAGAUCGUCGUUCACGUCCGAAGACCCGAGGACACGCCCCUGAGCUCGCACCGCCGCCUCAUCUGGUGUCCCUUCAUCUUGGAUGACAGCGAGGAGAACCAGGACGACGCCAGCCAGACUCUGGCUCUUCUGCAUGAAGACAGGGCUGAAGUUUGGGACCUGGAAGUCUUGAGAAGCAACAACAGCGCUUGGCCAGUGGAAGUGACAGACCUGAAAGAAGGUCUCAUCACUGUCAAAGGAUAUUCUCAGCGCGUGAGCGAAGGUGCCCUCUCUCCGGAUGGAACCGUGCUAGCAACGGCCAGCUACGAUGGCUACAUCAAGUUCUGGCAGAUCUACGUGGAAGGCUGGCAGGACAAACCGCGAUGUCUUCACGAGCUACGACCCCACGCAGGACGUCCCCUCUCGUGUCUGCUCUUCUGUGACAACCACAAGAGGCAGGACCCUGAGGUUCCUUUCUGGAGGUUCCUCAUCACCGGAGCGGACCAGAACCAGGAACUGAAGCUCUGGUGCACUGUCUCCUGGACCUGCCUGCAGACCAUCAGGUUCUCUCCUGAUCCCUUCAACUCAGUCAUGCCAGGACUGAAGGCGAGUCUCGACCUCUCCUCAGAGUAUCUCAUCCUCACAGACGUCCAGAGGAAGGUUCUGUACGUGAUGGAGCUCCGUCAGGACCUGGAGAACGGCAAAGCCAGCUUCACAGCCAUCUCAGAGUUCCUGCUCACACACCCAGUGCUCAGCUUUGGGGUCCGGGAUGUCGGACACAGUCGGUUACGGCACACUGAAGUCCUGCCGGCGGAGGAGGAGAGCGAGAGCAUGACGACAGAGGGAAGUCAGGGUCCAGCUGAGUCCAAGUCUGGAGUGGCGAUCAAACUUUACUGUGUCCACACGAAGAGUCUGCAAGAUGUUCAGAUCUGGUUCCAACCCAAAGUGGAUUCCAACUCUUGUGCCUUCCAGCCUCUCAAUGACGCUCAGGAUAGCUUUGCCUCGUUCUCCGAUCAUCUGACAGACCAGAGCUCGGACAAGGACUCAGCGAGCGGUUCCCAGACUGACCUGAGGAAGAUUCCUUCCCUUCCUGCGCCAACCGACUUCCUGUCCAAUAGCAGCGUAGCGAUGCCGAAGCUGAUGACCCCUGACGCCUUCAUGACGCCGAGCACUUCGGUCCCGGCAUCUCCCGGCAGCAGCGCCAGUAGUCUGACCAUUGUGACGGCCAUCAGCAGCAACUCAGACUCCACCAACAGGGGUGUGGACGAUGUGAGCCAGAGUCCCAGCCGAGCUGACAUCAGCAGCACCAGUCUGUCUCUGACCGCCAGCAGCCCCAGACCCGUCUCUGCUGUCCUUCUCCCUGGGCUGGAGAACCUCCCGAGUCUGGCGUCCCCUAGUGGACAUCUUGCACUUGACGGUCCCCAGGUCCUGGAUCCCCCACUCCUUCCUCAUCUAGCCUCCCCAACACGGGCCCGCUCCCCAGACGUGAUCUCCUCUGCCUCCACUGCCAUGUCCCAGGACAUGCCAGAGAUUGCUUCACAAGCCCUGCAGCACCAGCGGGGUCUCGUCCCCGGCCUGGACACCUCCCCCCUCUCUGCCCUCCAGACAGACAGUAUGGCCUCUGCUGCCUCCGCCCUGCACUUGCUGACCUCCCAGCGCAGCGCCACCAACAACGGGCUGCUACCUCCUGAGCUAGGUGGCGGUGAAGGUCCAGUGGGAGGCUCCUUAGAACCAGAGCCCAGAAUGAGCCACACCCCUUCCCUGCUGGAAACAGCGCUAUCGCAGGAGAACGCAGGAGCAGGUGGAGGAUCUGCUGACGGUAGCGUGAGCCUCACACCCUGGCCGGCUGCUCCUGACAUCACCAGGGAGACCCGGAACAGUCUGAGGGAGAACAGCCACGCUGACUGCAGCAGAGAUGAGUCCAAGGACAGACUGAGUUCACCGUAUGCCCGUCACUCCUUCCACCUCACCCAGAACGACAGCCAGGACCCAGAUUCUGAGCAGAGCGGCCCGGACGAUGAGGUCGAUGGCAAGCUGGCAUCAUCUUCUGGAAACUGUGCCGCUCGCUCGUCUCACAGAUUGCCGCUCAAAGACUGGAAAACAUCACCGAGAGCUUCGCCAAAACAGAAGAGGAAGAGCAAGCGAGAGAGCAGCGAAUCAACACAGUUGCGGCAGAUGGACUCUGCUCAGAAGACUGCAGAGGUGCAGGAGGAGCUGCUGAUGCUGCUGCGUGGCCAGCAGAGGGAGCUCGCAGAGCUGCGUGGGCAGAUCCAGGCGAUGCAGAGUUCCUUCAUGAGCCAGGUGGAGCAGACGAUGAGCAACUACCAGGAGCAGGGUCAGCGCAGACUGGAGCAAUCUCUGGCCGAGAGUCGCAUCCACCAGCAGCAGCUACAGGAACAACUGAGCCAGCAGCUCAGCCACGCCCUCUGCUCCUCACUCACCGGCAAGAUCGACAAAGUUCUGCGCGACGAGAUGAAGAAAAUAGUUCCUCCCACCAUCACCAAGACUCUGGAGCCGGUCACAGGUCAGCUGACCAACACCAUCACUGCCAAGCUCACCGCUGCUGAGGUCACCAUGAAGGACAAUGUCACUAAAGUUGUCAAAUCCAAGAACACCACGGAUGCGAUCGGGCGAGCGGCGGCCGAGGCGCUGCAAGGCCCCAUCCAGGCCGCCUACAAGGACACCUUCCAGAGCAUCGUGCUGCCCGUGUUCGAGAGAGGCUGCCAGUCCAUGUUCCAGCAGAUCAACGACAGCUUCAAGCAAGGAACACAGGAAUACAUCCAGCAGCUGGAGACUCAUGCGAAGAACAGGAAGCAGAGGGAGCAGGAGGUCCGAGACCCCCGCAUGGACCAGCUCCAGCUGACCAUCGACAAGUUCCAGAGCUCCACCGAUCAGUUGGCCAAUAGCAUCACUGCCAGCGUGCGGGCCGAGGUCCAGCACCAGAUCCAGAUGAUGGUGGGAAACCUGCAGGAGUCCAUCCUGAGCCACGUGCAGCGCAUCGUCAAAGGGGAGGUGAGCCUGGCCAUGAAGGAGCAGCAGGCCGCCGUCACCUCCAGCAUCAUGCAGGCCAUGAGGUCGGCCGCCGGCACCCCGGUGCCCAGCGCCCACCUGGACUACCAGGCGCAGCAGAGCACCAUCCUGCAGCUGCUGCAGCAGGGCCAGCUCAACCAGGCCUUCCAGCAGGCUCUGUCGGCCACCGACCUGAACCUGGUCCUGUACGUGUGUGAGACGGUGGACUCCCAGCAGGUCUUCGGGCAGCACCCGUGUCCCCUCACUCAGCCGGUGCUGCUGUCGCUGGUGCAGCAGCUCUCCUCCAACCUCACCACGCGCUCGGACCUCAAGCUGAGCUACCUGGAGGACGCCGUCAUGAACCUGGACUACAGCGACCCUCUGAUCCGGGACCACAUGGCCUCGGUGUUCACGCAGGUGCAGCCCAAACUCUUCGCCUUCCUGCAGCAGGACACGCACAGUGCUCUGAGCAUGAAGGCGCGGCGGCUGCUGAUGAUCCUGCAGGGCCUCCUCAAACACUAGCCUGCCCGAGCGCCCAGUCCAGACUCCAGCUGCAGGUUCCUCCCGGAGACGUGAAGAAUGUUCCCCACUCCUCCUGUCUUGACUCCUCUGCCGGUCCCCGGAGGGCUGUGACCGCGGCGGGGCCUUUGUGUUCCACUUGAUCUCCUUCCUCUUCGUCCGCAGUGCGAGCUAGUGAUGUUCUGUUGUUGGAGGAGCGUCCGCCGCUGCAGCUGGCAACUCUUUUGUUUUUUUAUAUCGUCCACCUUUGUAAACCCUUUGUUACUGAUCGACAGGUGCGGCUUGUUCUCCAGGCCUGCAGGGGGCAGCAUCGUCACGCCGCUCCAUCUUUAGUUCAACACUCACACACACACACACACACACACACAGUCGAGCUGAAGUGCCUUACUGUGUCGCGCCGCACAGAGACACUCGAUCUCAUCCUGUUGGUUUCCUCCAGUUCGAUACAGCAUCAGUCAGGUGACUUGAGUUCCGCCACCGACCUGCGUGUUGGCGCGCGUCCGCUUCUUCCCCCCUCAACAUGUUUGGAAUAAAAAAGUUGCUUCAUGUGGUUUGUUGUUGUCGU